AGUAGAAUUUAUGGUUACUUUGCAUUGCUUUACUUUACAUUCACUUUAUGUGUUAAAUUAAAGUAGCUUUAAGGCUUCAGCUAGGCGUUCAGGCUUCAACUAACUUUUUUAUCGAAGCUUAUAAGCCGCAUAAAUUUUGAUCAAAUAAUACUUACAGCGUGUAUAAAUUAUUUCUCUAUUAGGUGGUGAAUUUUUGGAAACUUUUUUUUUAACAAUUUUCUGAUUUCAGAGUAAAACUGUAAAAGUCGUCAAAGUCAUCACGUUUUGCACUUUGCAGUUUCAUGGCUCCUUGGUUCAUAGGUUUUGCCGCUGGUUUGAUUUGAGACUCAUAACGACCAUGCGAACCAAGCGGUGAGCUGAUCGUACUAGGCAAUUGUUGGUACCCAUAAAAUCAGACUGCCCCCUUCCUCCUUCACAUUUUAUACUUCUUGUGUUAAACCAAGAUGGCGGCGCACUGAGUCACCUGGUGGUCGUCGAUUAAUAUGAUUCAGAAGGUGCAGAAACCCAGCGGAUUUGUCGUCAAAAGUAUCAAAGUCGUCAUUGGAUUGGAGCUGCUCGCCUUCGCUGCGACUUACCUAGGGUGGACACGCGUAAACAGCGACAGAGACACUCGUUUCUACCUGUUCAAGAACUACAAUUGGAUUUUGGAAAACUAUUACAAGGUUGAAGAAUUGCUCUCGAAGAACGACCGCACUCGACAAAUCGAUUUGGAGUACUGGCGUGCUGAAGGAAAACUUUAAAGUAAGAGUCUAAACAUGGCCGUCAAAUCUAUCGUCUAUUUGGCUGGUUUUUCGGCUCUGGGCUAUGUCCUCUUUAAGAGCGUCACUCCUGACGAAGUAGACAUAAGAAAACACCUCCCUGAAGGUCAAGUCCAUCACUUAGGAGACGAGGCAAAGCAACGAGCCUCCUUCGGGUCGGUAAUCAAAUUCGCAGCCGAAGGAAAGUCCCCUGCUAUUUAUCGCCAGACAAAGCAAGAGAUCGAAGACGGUGUCCGCGCCCAAUAAUAGAAAAGUCUAAAGAGAAGCCGCCUACAAUCAAUCUGCCAAAAUGAUGGACAAAAGUCUGGGAGCCAGGCUCUUUGAAGAGCGCAUGAACCAGCGUGAAAACGAGCGUUUGGCCUCGAAGGAGAAAAAGAAUGUUGUAGAGAGCAACGAAACCAUGGUCGAGCGUGUCCGCUACUUUUCCGAAAUCCUGUCCCUCAAAAGGGGUGAGAUCGAGCACAGUCUGAAUGCGGCCGUGCAUCUGAAUAAGGAAGAUCUUCCGGAGCACUUCAACAAGGUCAGCGACGAACUGCAGCAAGUGAACCGCUACCUGUCCGACUCGUCACUCUACUUGCCUCUGUACAACAUUCGCAAGGCUCAGGAGCAAGUGCAGGAUCUGCAGCAACGCUCCGAAAUACUCGAGGAGCAACUCCUGCCCAAGAAGAAGUUUGGCUUUAAGCAGCGCAAAAUGAAAAAACUCCUCAAGGACGACAUCAUUCCCUGCAAAAUUGAAGACUUGGUAGACUCGGUUCCGAAGAAACUCUUUUCCAUGCAGCUCUACAACGACAACAGUUGUGGAUUUGCCGACAAGGAGGACGAGGAAUUGAUUAUGAAGGAUAAGGAUCUUGAAGGGAAGGACGUCGUCCUGACCAAUCUGAGGCGUUGCCGAGUGAGACUUUACGGGACUCCGAGUACCCUCCACAUGACCAGUUUGACUUCCUGCGAGAUUCUGGUGGGACCAGUUUCGACUUCAGUAUUUCUAGACAAGUGCACCGACUGCACUUUUGUCUUUGCCUGCCAGCAGGUUCGCAUCCACAACAACAGGAGGUGCAACUUCUACGUUCAUGUGACCAGUCGGUCCAUCAUCGAGGAUUCGAAAGAGGUCCGCUUUGCACCCUACAACUGGCAUUACCCUGAGCUGGAGGAGCAUUUCGUCAAGGCAGGACUGGACAGGGACGAGAAUCACUGGCACGCCGUGGAUGACUUCAACUGGCUUGCCUUGGAUGUGCCUUCGCCGAACUGGAGCGUCAUCGAAGAACCUGAUAGGGUAGUCGACUGGCGCUAAUUGGAACGGGCGCCCUAUGUAUCUCUUGCACUCUACUGAUACACUCCUAAUUUGGUCUGAUCACUUACGUCACUAAAUUAUUACUGGUGAUUAAUUGCAGUCUGCUUAUCUGAUAUUGGAAUUUAUUAUAUUUAGUUAUUAACACAGAAAAUUAAAUUUUCUUCAUAGAUUCAAAACAAUAA